AUGAAGAGACUUCCAUUUCUACUUUUGUUCUUUGUAACAUUUUCGUCUGCGUUUCCAACAGAGCAAAAAUUGGAUAAUGAAGAAAGCAUGCAACUGGCUCAGGCAUAUCUCAACCAGUUCUACUCUCCAGAAAUAGAAGGAAGUCAUCUCAUUCAGAGCAAGAACAGAAGUCUUAUAGGUGGCAAGUUUCGAGAAAUGCAAGCAUUUUUUGGGUUAACUGUGACUGGAAAACUGGACUCAAACACUCUUGAGAUCAUGAAGAAACCCAGGUGUGGGGUGCCUGAUGUUGGUCAGUAUGGCUACACUUUUCCUGGGUGGAGAAAACACAACCUCACAUACAGAAUAAUGAACUACACUCCAGAUAUGGCCCAAGGUGAUGUGGAUGAAGCUAUCCAGAAAGCAUUAGAAGUGUGGAGCAAGGUGACACCCCUGAUAUUUACCAAGAUUUCCAAAGGGAUUGCAGACAUCAUGAUUGCCUUUAGGACCAGAGUCCACGGUUGGUGCCCUCGGUAUUUUGAUGGCCCCUUGGGGGUUCUCGGCCAUGCCUUUCCUCCUGGUCCAGGUCUGGGAGGAGACACUCACUUUGAUGAGGAUGAAAACUGGACCAAAGAUGGAGAAGGAUUCAGCUUGUUCCUUGUGGCUGCUCAUGAAUUUGGUCAUUCACUGGGGCUUUCUCACUCCAAUGAUCAAACUGCGUUGAUGUUUCCAAAUUACGUCUCCAUGGAUCCUAGCAAAUACCCACUUUCUCAAGACGAUAUCAGUGGAAUUCAGUCCAUCUAUGGAGGUUUACCUAAGGUGUCUGCAAAGCCAAAGGAAACCACUGUGCCCCAUGUCUGUGAAUCUGAUUUGACUUUUGAUGCUAUCACCACUUUCCGCAGAGAAAUAAUGUUCUUUAAAGGCAGAUACCUGUGGAGAAUCUAUUACGAUACUACUGACAUUGAAUUUCAAUUAAUCGCUUCAUUCUGGCCAUCUCUGCCAGCAAAUAUUCAAGCUGCAUAUGAAAACCCCAAAGAUAAGAUUCUGAUUUUUAAAGAUGGCAAUUUCUGGAUGAUCAGAGGAUAUGCUGUUUUACCAGAUUAUCCCAAAUCCAUCCAUACCUUUGGCUUUCCAAGACACGUGAAGAAAAUUGAUGCAGCUGUCUGUGACCAAAGCACAAGAAAAACCUAUUUCUUUGUGGGAAUUUGGUGCUGGAGGUAUGAUGAGAUGGCCCAAACCAUGGACAAAGGCUACCCACGGAGGGUGGUAAAGUUCUUUCCAGGAAUUGGUCUCCGAGUCGAUGCUGCUUUCCAGCAUAAAGGAUUCUUCUAUUUCACCCGUGGAUCCAGACAAUUUGAAUAUGACCCAAAAUCAAAGAAUAUUACCCGAAUGAUGAAAAGCAGUACUUGGUUUCAAUGCAAAGAGCCAUUAAACUCAUCAUCUGAUUUUAGUAUCAACACAGAAAUUGCACAUUCAGGAGUAGUAGAGGUGUCUUAUCAUAAGAAUUUAAACAUGUUUAUUUUCACUAUUGUUCACCUACUGAGAAAAACAUACAGUUAUUAA